GUACAAAUUCAUUGGUGCCCUUCAUGUUAUACAAAUCGAAAAACUACAAUCUUUCACGUGGAAAUGUUGACAAACCCCAUCGCUUUCAGAUAUGGAAAUGUCAACAAAUGACAAGCUUUCUAAUGAUAAUGUUAUAUAUUGGUUGAAAAGAGCAGAAGAAUGGGUUUCAAUGAAACAGAAUCAUCGAAGAUCAACGCCAGCGCGGGAAAUAUCGCAAAGCAGUGAACAACUUCAAACCUUUCUCUCGGCGGUGCUCAACCGAUUGAUCGCAGAUGGCAUAUCACCAGUUUUAAAGAACCAUCCCAAGUUGGGUCACUUACUUGGUCGUCUCUGUUCUUGCCAACAUCUCUUAGCUGAGGAUGAAGAGGUUUUCAGCAAGCUUCUUAGCUGUGUUCAUGCACUCAGAGCUCAGCAUCCCCAGGAUGGAAUGGAGAAAAAGGCAAAGGAUUGGGCAGAGUCUCAGUUCAGGUAUACAGCGUCAUACUACCAUCAAAAGAAUCCAGCUUCUGAAACGGCUGAGGCAAUGGGAUACACAUCACUGGAAUACAACACUCUCUCAUCUAACAAGUUGAUUGAAUCAAUUCAAAGAGAUCUUGAUCAUCUGAUUAUGCAACAGCAGCAUUAUAUUUAUGGACUCCAGGAUGAGGUUAUGUGUGUAGAGGAGCUAUCAGAGAUGUGUCUUCCACUGAUAGGGAGUGCAUCCUCCAAGGAACUGGUGGACAGGGUGCUUCUCCUGCACCCCCGGUCUGCUGAAGAUCAGAUCUCACAACUCUUCCUUGAGAGGGUCACACAAACACAGGCAUGUGCUUAUGCUCCAGGACAGGAAAACAAAAUAUGUCUUUCAAGAGAGGCUCUCAUGUCAUUAUGGCUGCAAUAUCUUCCUGCACUGGAGCAAGAAAUUCUUCUACUUUUACAAGCUUUCUCCCAACAUGUUCCUGACAUAGCAACAGAUAAUGCUCUAAAGCUCAUUCACUCCAGAGGCUUGCCCACAGCCUGUGCAAGGCAUAGGAUAUUAUAUGAAGCUGUAGACUCGUGUGUCCAGCAGGUUCUCUGGCAAACGGAUGGUUGUCGCAGUGUGAUCAGAUUUGUGCAUCUCUUUCAAGUGGCUGUCAGUGAGGCUAUACAAGAGUUAAAUUCUCCAGAGUAUUCAGUGCACAGACUGUUUCCUCAAAGACUAUGUCCCUUGGUGAAUCUCCUGAUGGUAGACCCUAGAGAUAUACCCCAAGAUAUCCAUGGGAUACACCUUACCAGCAUUGAAGCCACCCUCAAGACCACCAUCGUUGACCCAGUGGUGUCCAACAAUCCUCAAGAAUUGUACAAAGUCUGGAUGACCUUGGUCAAGUUUUUGCACUGGUACCAUGCUGCUGUCAGUGUCCUUAUUCUAGAUGAUCAUGUUGAUGGAGGAUGUACUACAGAAGAUGCCUGUCUGGACUUCUUAAUCUGGUUUCAUUUUCCAUUGUCCUUUGGAAAUUGUGUUGCAGUCAAGGAAAAUUUGCCGCGGAUUAUCAGAGGUCUUCAAUCUUGCAUCAUGGGGGACACAUUUCGGAGCAAAGAUCUAGAAACGCUGUUCUCAAACCUCAGAGGCAGCGACUCUAAGAAUGAUCUACCUGUCACACUCAUCGUAAACCUUGUCAUGUCAGCUAUCAUCCAUGCUAAUUCACUCACACAAAUUGAUGUACUAGCAGUAGUAGAUAUGAUGUGGUCUCAGGGAAUUGCCAGCGGAAGCCAGGAAUGCAAGCUAGCUCUUCUGCGGAGUCACCUUGAUAGCCACCAGACAUUUAUGGUGUCAGGAGUGGGAUUAAAGGAGCUGUGUCCUACACAUGUGACUGAAGCCAUUAGAACUCUGAAGGAAAACACAUGAACUUUACACUCCGAGGUCAAGUAAAACUAGCCCUUCUGGAGAGUCACCUCAUUAGCCGCCAGUCAUUUUUGGUGUCAGGAGUGGGAUUUUAAGGGUCAUGUCUUACACAUGUGAUAGAAGGCUUGAAGCUAUUAGAACUCUGGACUAUACAUGAAUGUUAGACUCCUAGUUCCAGUAAAGCUAGCUGUUUUACGGAGUCUCCUUGAUAGUCGCCAGACAUUUAUGGUGUCAGGAAUGGGAUUCAAGGAGCCGUGUCCUAUGCAUUUGACUGAAGCCAUUAGAACUCUGAAGGACAACACUUGAAUGUUAGACUCCUAGUUCCAGUGGAGUCAGCUCUUCUGUAGAUCACCUUGAUAGUCACCAGGCAUUUAUGGUGUGAGGAGUGGGAUUCAAGUAGCUGUGUUCUACACAUGUUACUGAAGCCAUUAGAAACUCUGAUGGAAAACACAUGAACUUUACACUCCAAGGUCAAGUAAAACUUGCCCUUCUGGAGAGUCACCUCAUUAGCCACCAGUCAUUUUUGGUGUCAGGAAUGGGAUUUUAGGAGCCAUGUCUUACACAUGUGAUUGAAUCUUUUAGAACUCUGAAGGACAGCACUUGAAUGUUACACUCCUAUGUCCAGUAAAGCCAGCUCAUCUGUAGAGUUGCCUCGAUCGUCACCAGACAUUUAUGGUUUCAGGAGUGGGAUUUAAGGAGUCAUAAAUUACAACAUAUGAAUGUUACACUUGUAGGUCCACUAUUAGCAUGGAUAGGGGGGGGGUGUUUCACAAAGAGCAAAAUCUGGGCUUCAUACAUAGAGUUACGAUUGAUCAUUUGAUCGGAUCAACCUCAACUAUAUGGAAAUCCAUCAAUGUCAUAAAUUUUCUACAGGAAGUCUGCACAAUAUGUUUUGUAAACAAAGAGAAGCACACUUAAUGUUCAAGAAAACAACGAAUGUAUGAAUAUACAGCUUAUCUAGAAAAUAUUUUGAACAAACAUUCAUUUUAGAUGUUGAUGUUGUUGGCAUUCGGUAGUUGUGGUUGAUCGGAUCAAUCGCUACUCUUCGUAAGACAGGACCCGGGCUUAAAGUUAGAUGGGCUUCAGAUUCCAUGGGGGAGUUGAUAAUCAUUUACUGACCCCAGACUUUGUGAAAAUACCUGUAACAGAGACAUCUUUAGGAGAAAGCAAACCUGGGCCCCCGUCUUACUAAAAGAUACAAUUGAUCCAAACAAUCUCACCUAUGGAAAUCCAGGCAUACCAUAAUUUUUUCUAUAUGAAGUUUGCACAAUCUCCUUAGCAAACAAAGAGAAUCACACUGAAUCUUGAAGAGAAAGAUGAAUGUAUGAAUACAUGUCAUAUCUAGAAAAUAUUUUGAACAAAUUUGCAUUUUAGAUGUUGACGUUGCUGGCCGUCCAUAGUUGUGGUUGAUCAGAUCAAUCGCAACUCUUUGCAAGACGAUCCCCUGGUUUACCACCAAGAAUUCUUAGGCAAAGCCUGCUUAGCCUCAGGCAAAAGUCAGGUCAGACAAAACUGAAGCAUGCAUCCCAAUAUUUAAAAGUUUGUCUCACUUUCUAUAGCCUUGACAGGUACGAAAGCAAGUUUGUCAAGACUAUCUGCUCCUCAAGCUUAUUGAACUUAUCCAACUUGUGGCAUUACGAUAUGGGACCAAUUUAACUUUAACCUUGUAAAGGGGACUUGCAGUUGCAAUGGAGAGUGAUCUCAACUACAAUAUUCAUAUGAAAACAAUCUUGGAAAGUGUGCUUCCAAAUGUCUGAACAUUUGUGUUUCUUUCGGUUUAUAUUUACUAGGUCUACUCUACAAACAGUCUAAUUAUUCUAAUACCAUAUGGGCUAGACCCAUAAGGACUUCUAUUGGUUCAGUCUAAUUGCUGUUUGGUCUGCACCACACUUGGUCUAAUGCCUCUUAGUCUAAUUCUCCAUUAGUCUCAUGCCCAGUUGGUCUUAUUCAUCAAUUGAAAAUUUGGUUCAUUCACAGUUCAUUUGGCCAUAGAGACUAAGGCCCUAAUUCACACAGGUGGUUUUGAAAACCAGCAGUUGAACCCAUGGUAUAUGCAGAUUUCCUGUAUAAAUUACGCUUAAUUAAUACAGCGUAUGCUGAAAAGUAUCUAAUACUGAUGCGCGCUUUUGUCACAGUGCAGCAAAUUGACGCCUGUUGCCAUGGUUAAGUAUGCUAUUUUAUUCAUGUGUCCACUGUUUUGAAAUGUAGACUCAUUAUUUCAAAACAGUGGACUCAUGAAUGAAGUAGUGUAUUUAAUCAUGGCAACAGGAAUCAAUUUAGCACAAUGUGGUGCAUAUUAGAUAAAGUGGGUAUAACGGGAAAUUAGACCAAAUAAUCAAUGGCAAUUGGUCUGUAUGGUUUGUAGAUGAAUUUCAUGUAGGAUAAGACAAUAUGGGAUGAGACCGAAUGGAAACUAGAUGAUAUAUAUAGAUGUAUUAGUCUGCAGGCACAGACUCAUAUUUGACACUUCAACCAAUAACAGGUCUAGAAAGAAGACUAGACUCCAAAGACUCUGUCUGUGGAGCCAGCCACAGUACAUAGUGAAUCUAGUCUCACUACUUCAGACUCUGCAUGAUGCACUAUGCGAAUUGCAAAAACCAAGGGUCUGUGCCUGCAGACUAGACGACGCAGGUGUAGACCAAUCAGAAAUUUACCUUGCUUUCUGUCACCCUUUGCCCCAAGUGGUCGGCGACUCGUGUAGCAGACAUGUAUCGAGCCAGAUUAGGCACAAUAGAGGGGCCAACUAUUGUCCACAAAUGCGUGCCCUGAAAUGGUAUUCUAGUUUGGUACACAUUUUCACGAUUCUUGACUUUCCAGAGCAGAAAUAUUUAUCAUCAUCAUCACUGCUGCAGGCACAGAUAGUGUAUAAUGCAGAGUCAAAAUAAUGAGACUUGAUUCACUGUGUAUUGUGGCUGCCUCUAUUUUACACAGUUUGGACUCUAGUCUUCACUCUAGAGACUGGUUAGUGUGUUAAGUUUUAGUCUUCGCUCGCAGACUAGUCACCAUCGUCGUCGUCAUCAUCAUCAUCAUCGCCAUGAUCAUCAAUCAUCCAUCAUCAUCCAUCUUCAUCAUCAUCAUUGUCGUCGUCAUCGCCAUUAUCAUCUUCAUCAUCACCAUUAUCUUCAUCUUCACAAUCAUCAUUGUCAUCAUCAUCGCCAUUAUCAUCAUCUUCAUUAUCACCAUCAUCGCCAUUAUCAUCUUCAUCAUCACCAUCAUCGCCAUUAUCAUCAUCAUCACAAUCAUCAUCUUCAUCAUCACUGUCGUCAUCAUCGCCAUUAUCAUCAUCAUUAUCACCAUCAUCAUUAUCAUCAUCUUCAUCAUCAUCAUUUCCCACUGUAGGGUCGGACUGUUUAUUUCCUUAACGACUCUCUUCUGAUAAUUGCAUUACUUUCCACAAACUCUGACCAGGGGCCUAUUUCAUGAAUAAAAAUAAUACCAACAUGCUUCAACAGGGCAUAUCAAUGCCAAAUGUGCUCAGUUGGAUAUUAUUACCCUGGCUUAAGCCCAGUAGCCUUUUACAGCGUGGUAGCAUUUCAAGGAAUUAAUUCCUGCCAGGUAUGCAUUUACCUCACCUGGGUUGAGUGCAGCACAAUGUGGAUAAAUUUCUUGCUGAAGGAAAUUACCCCAUGGUUGGGAUUCAAACCCACGACAACCCUCUGUUUCAAAGUCAAAAGACUAAUCCACUGGGCCACAAUGCUCCACACAAAAGAAUUUUCAAUUAUGUUAACAGCCAAUAAAAUUACCAUAACCAUAAUUAUAAUGAAAUAGGCCCCUGUUUGAAGCAUGUGUAUUAUAUUUACAUUUCUCGUUCCUGUUGAGAAUGCUGGAAGAUCAACUGAAUAAUUAAAUUAUUGAAUUUAAUGAGAAAGACCAGAGUGGACUUUUACUUUAAUGUGCUGUAAAACAGUCUCAUAAGUCACUUUGUCAGUAAUUUCAUAAAUAUAAAUAAGGAGCAGUGCACGAGAACAGUGUGGCAGUCGUCUGAUCGUUCAGAGUCAACGUUGUCGUCUGCCCUUGUUCACUACAGAUGCAAAUAUUUUUUAUUUCACUUGACUUGUACGUGUACGUGCGUCCACGUGAAACAGCGUGAUAACCAGCAGGUCAUGACACGCUGCCCGACCUGGAAGAUCUGGCGUACCAUCGCCUGGCGACCCGGCCGGGUUAUAAGGUGCAACUUGUGCACACUUGCUCUUUCACUUGCUUUGAUUCCUUUUUACGUGAGUUAGGAUAUAUAUUAUGGAGAUCAGAAAGCAAUUUCAAAUAUGAUAAACAUAAUGCAUCAUACAACUGACAUUAACUUUGUGAAAAGUCACUGAAAACUGUGUUUUAAAAGGGAAAGGUUGAUCUUCAAGCUGGGCUUGAGCGGUUAAAAUGAUGUACGUCGACUAUGAUUUGGGAGAACCGCAGAAUGGAUGUGGCGAGGUUCUCAAUCUUGGUAGUGGACGAGGGCGAGGACCUGACACAUAUGGCAGGCCAAAAAAUGACGUACCAGUUAUCUAUGUGGACAUGUGUUUCUAAAACUGCUCAAUGACAAGAUGUGGCACACUACCAAGAAGUUACUUGACUUACAGCAAAUUAAUUUGCUUAUUAACACCUUGUGAUACCACAGACAAAAAAUGAAUCACUUGGUACAAUUUUCUUUAGUGGCCCGGCUAGGCAAUAUUUUAUUCUUUUGAUUUAUUAUUCUCGUAUUUCUUUUGAAAUUGACAGGCAUGCACUGCACAAAUCACAAAUAUUAAAACACACACUGUAA